AUGAAAUUGGUAUCCUAUAAUGUGUUUCAUUAGGGCAAUACAUUCUAUUCAUGGGCAUUGUUCACGACAUACACAGACUUUCUAGUUUAAAAUACUCUUUCUACUUAACUUUUCAAACCGUGUAGCAUCCCAUAAGCAGAUUAUUGAGCUCUUAACAAUUUUAAAGUAGGAAGUUCAUAGUAAAGCACCUACUAAAAAUGGAAGAUGUAGCAAUUUAGGAGUUUGAUUUGUUUAAAGACUGAAACUAAGCAAUGGGACCCUUUAGAUUUAAGAGUUUUUGUUCUUCAAGAUGCAACAGGGAACUGAAAAAAUAAAAUUAGGACACUUCAUUAGCAGUUUGAAUUAUUCACUCAGGGUUUUCCUCUACAUCUCUACAUGGGAACAGACACUUCUGCUUUGAAGGCCCUUUUGGGAAGAAUGUAAAAGACCACUGUAAAACUUUUACUUGAGUUAAGUCAAAGAAUUGUGUGGCUGGCUUCUGAGCUGCAAGAAGCAAAAGAUUUGUACCUGCCCUGAUGUGUGAAGCAGAGAACUCCACACACUUGUCCCUUUCUUGGAUAGGUAGUCCUUUUCCCAACUUUCUGGGGAUUUCACAGACUACCAAGACUCCUUCAGACAAGAUUUUUUUAAAGUGACUGCAGAAGAUUCCAAAUGUGAAAGCUAGUGAUGUGUGUGCUUCCUCCUGGGGAGGAAGAGAGACAUCAAGGAUUUCCGGUCUGCCACUAUUAGGCAGCAGCUGUGGCUAGCUGCCCACUUGACACCUGGUGAAAUGGUAGUUUCAGAGAGAGAAAUAUUUAAAGUUGACACUUGUCACUGAAACAUUUGGUGCAGAAUUUUCAAAGAGUAGCUAGAACUGAUGGUGAGCCACAGUGCUUAAAUUUGGUAAAAAAGAAACGCUGAGAAGCCCAACUUAUGUAAGAUAGUCUUUCCAGGUAAAGGUUCUUCUUUCGGAAAUGUCACGCAGCAACAAAAUGACGCCCGAAUUUAAAAGAAAUUCUUUUAAAAAAAAUCAUAUUGAAAUAAGGAGACAGCAAACUUGGUAGUAAUUAGGAAAACCUGCAAGAUUGGAUAUUUAUCGUAUCUUUUUCCUUCUCUGCUUUCACAUGGACUUUCUAAGUGUCCUUGAUUGCUGUUAAUAUAUUGUAAUUUAGUGUGUGAACACAGUUGCUGUGACCCUCCAGGAAUUCGGAAGUCAGAAAUGUCAGGUAGGUCAGAGAGCCAUUAAGAGGAACACAGAGUAACUUGAGGUUGUGCUGCCAGAGUUGUAUUGAUCCGAUGACUUGUAUCUAUCGGAACUGACAUCGGGUCCCCCCAGCGCCCUUUUCCCAGCGCCCAGCCCGCGGCAGUCGGGGGACCCUGCCGCUCUUGGUGCGUGGGUGCCGACCGAGUCCUCCCGGUGGACGCCUGCGCCCCGUUCCCGGUCAGCAGGGAAGUGACACCAGACGGGGCGCGACGUGAGUCCCCGGUUCCCUCGGCCGCUCCUUCUAUCAUGGUUGUGACGUCACGCCCGGGACCUACCGUUGCCACGAGACGGCUGCGUUCCGGUUCCGGUCGGUUGCCCCGGAGCCUGGGUACACAGAGCAGUCCCGUCGGAGGCCGAGGGGUCGCGGAGAGCGGACUCCACGCGCGAAGCCAUGAGCCAGCGGCAGGUGCUGCAAGUGUUCGAGUUGUACCAGAAUGCCCGGACCCGAUUCGUGCAGAUGGUGGCGGAGCAGGCGACCAGACCUCAGAACAUCGAGACACUGCAGAAUGCGGGUAUAAUGUCGUUGCUGAGGCCUCUUCUUCUGGACGUGGUCCCAACGAUUCAACAGACUGCUGCCUUGGCUCUGGGGAGGCUGGCCAAUUAUAACGAUGACUUAGCAGAAGCAGUCGUGAAGGGCGACAUUCUUCCACAGCUUGUCUAUUCAUUGGCAGAGCAGAAUUGUGUCUACAAGAAAGCAGCUGCCUUUGUGCUGCGAGCAGUUGGUAAACACUCUCCUCAGCUGGCACAGGCCACAGUUGACUGUGGUGCCCUGGACUCUCUGGUGAUAUGCUUGGAAGAUUUUGACCCUGGAGUCAAGGAAGCUGCAGCCUGGGCACUUGCAUAUAUUGCAAGGCAUAAUGCAGAACUGUCACAAGCUGUGGUGGAUGCGGGAGCCGUUCCUCUUUUAGUGCUCUGUAUCCAGGAGCCAGAAAUUGCUUUGAAAAGGAUUGCUGCCUCGGCCCUCAGUGACAUUUCAAAGCAUUCUCCAGAGUUAGCACAGACGGUGGUGGAUGUCGGAGCUAUUGCUCACUUAGCCCAGAUGAUCCUCAACCCUGAUGAAAAAUUGAAGCACCAGGUCCUUUCAGCUCUCAGCCACAUUGCAAAGCACUCUGUGGACCUGGCAGAGAUGGUCGUUGAAGCGGAGAUUUUCCCGGUGGUCCUUACCUGUCUGAAGGACAAAGAUGAAUAUGUCAAGAAAAACGCGUGCACUUUAAUUAGAGAGAUCGCAAAGCACACACCCGAGCUUUCACAGCUGAUUGUCAAUGCAGGAGGUGUGGCUGCCGUGAUCGACUGCAUGGAAACCUGCAGAGGGAACAUACGACUGCCUGGCAUCAUGAUGCUCGGUUACGUGGCUGCUCAUUCCGAGAACCUGGCCAUGGCAGUGAUCAUUUCCAAGGGUGUGCCCCAAUUGUCGGCCUGCCUGUCAGAGGAACCGGAAGAUCAUAUUAAAGCCGCAGCUGCCUGGGCUCUAGGACAGGUUGGGAGACACACUCCGGAGCACGCACGGGCCGUGGCUAUCACAGACGUCUUGCCAGUACUGCUGGCUCUGUACUUGUCCCCAGAGAGCUCCGAGGACCUGCAGGUGAAAAGUAAAAAGGCCAUAAAGAACAUCAUCCAGAGAUGCACCUACCUCCCGGCCCUCGAACCCUUUCUCUACGAUGCGCCUCCCAAUAUCCUGAAGUAUGUGGCUGGGCAGUUCAGUAAGGUGCUGCCUCAUGACAGCAAAGCUCGCCGUCUUUUUGUUACGAGUGGUGGACUUAAAAAGAUCCAAGAGAUAAAGGCAGAACCUGGUUCUCUCCUCCAAGAAUACAUCAACAACAUUAACAGCUGUUACCCAGAGGAAAUAGUAAGGUACUAUUCCCCUGGAUACUCAGAUACGCUUCUGCAGAGGGUGGACAGCUAUCAGCCGCCUACAAACUGAACAAAGUCUAUUUUUAUACUCGGAGUCACAGAAGAGUGUGCACAGCAGUUGUUAAAGUGCUUUCUAAAACGUUUGAACUAAGUACAUCUCAGUUUUUGUUCAAUGUGAAAUAUCUUAAUGUUUUCUAUAUUUAUGCAAUUCUUUAGAAAUUAUUAGCUGCAAUGUA